GGCGCCCUGCAGCUCGAGGCCGCCGCCGCCCUGGGCUGCGACGUCGCCGCCCGGGAGGUCGCCGCGGAGCGCCUCGCCGCGCGGGACUGGGCCGGGCUGCGGGGGCACCCCUGCGUGCCCGGCGACGUCCUCGACCAGCUCGAGGCCGGCGUCGAGGACCCAGCGGACGCGGUGGAGUACCUGGGCGAGCGCGUCGUUGCGGACGCGGGGCCCGCGGCGAUGGAGGGGCUGUCGUUCCUGAGCGUGGGGGCCCAGCACACCUCCUGCGUGAAGGGCCUGCUGCCGAAGGUGAUGUACAUCGGCGUGGGCCACUCCGGGUCGACCACUCUUGCCGACGCGAUGAACUUGCACCCGGACCUCACUUAUGGCCAGACCAAGGAGCACAAUUGCAUAUGGAACUACAACGGUGACAACAAGGCAGGGUUCAUCGAGAGGUACACGGGGCAAUUCCAGGUCAAGUGCUCGAAGAAGAUCGCCUUCGACUCAAGCCCGAGGACCCUGUUCCUUGGAGACCCAGGCGAUGAGCAGACAAUCACUUACCCCAUCGCAAAGAAGUUUGGCCUUGGAGAGGGGGCCGUGGCGGCCUUGAAGGACGUCCUGGGCCCAGAUGCCAAAUUCAUCACAAUGUUCCGCGAUCCCGUGCCAUGGGCGAUGUCCAACGGCGUGCAGGACGUCCUGGACGAGAAGGAUCUGAAGGACAUUCAGAUCAACAGGUCGAACCUCGGCUUCGGCAAGGGAUUCCUCAAGGGGCAGACCCUGACCCACGGCUUCUUCGCGAAGCGCGCCUGUUACGCCAACGGGCUGGAAGCGUGGCUGAAGGUAUUCCCCAGGGAAAACUUCCUGUUCCUCACCAGCGAGGACUUCUUCGCCGACCCCCAGGCCACCUACGACCAGGUGACAGACUUCCUUGGCGUUCCGCGCGCCCAGUACCCAGAGGACCUGUCGAAGGGCGGCUCUGGGCGCAGGCGGAACAGCCGGAAGCACCACGAUGAUGUUCACGAGAAGUACCAUGCUUUGCCAUCGGUGAAGAGUUGCCGUGAGAGAUUGGAGAAGAUGACCGGCCUCAAGCUGAAGUGGACCGACCAUGUCGAGUGAGUUCGGGGCCCCGGGUCUUGUGGGAGUUGUUCCGAGGAGCGGAUUGCGUUUCGAAGAUUUUUGACGAUGCGCUUUCCCACCUGCUUCGCUCCUCACUGUCUGACGAUGGGUGAGGGCGUUCUCGGCCGAGUGGACAGUUCCUGCAUGCUCUGUGGACGCGAGCAAAAUGCUCGCCAGCGUGAACCUCAAACAGAGAUGUUCUUGCAAUCUAUUCGUGUGGCGCCAUACGAGCUCCGCCACUGGACAUGAUCUGCGCGAAGAAUGGCGCCACGCGAGCCACCCUCAAAGUCAUCCCCGGGACCUUUCCUGGAGCGUGUUUUGGCCAAGAUUCCGGGGCGAGCACGGCCGCUGCC